AUGUAUCUGAGGCUUCCAAGUAUUGUUGGCCGCAAAAAGAACGCUGUUUUAGGAUUCCUUAAAGAGAGAAUGAGGAAGAGGAUCAAUGGAUGGGAGGGUAGAUUCUUAUCUCGAGCUGGGAAAGAGAUUCUCAUUAAGACCGUGGUUCAAUCUCUUCCUUCGUAUGAUAUGAACGUCUUCCUUUUUCCAAUUGGCACUUGCAAUGAACUAGAGCGGAUGAUUGCAAGCUUUUGGUGGAAAUCGAACAACUCUACAAGCAAUGGCAGCGGUAUCACUUGGAUGAGUUGGGACAAAAUGACAAAGUGCAACAAAGUUUUCAAAGCCAGAUACUAUCCUCAAGGUGAUUAUCUUUCGACGGAGCUUGGGUGGAACCCAAGCUUUAUAUGGAGUAGUAUCUUUGCUGCAAGAGAUACAGUAAAACUUGGUCUGAGGAAAAGAAUUGGCUCUGGUACUACAAUGCAAAUUACUACAGACCCUUGGCUUCCUGUUAUUGAUCACUCAGUACACGUUCCUAAGGUUCAUGGUCUUGAGAAUUUUACUGUCAACAGCCUCUUCCAAGUCAAUAAUCGUUGCUGGGAUAAGAAGAGCGGGUUCUACUCAGUUCGAAGUGCAUACAAUUUGCUUCAAGACCUUAAACACCAUUCGGACAACUCAGAGAUAAAUGUGUUUUGGAAGAAUCUCUGGACCCUCAAAGUGCCUCCUAAGGCCAAGGAUCUUGUAUGGAGGGCGGCUUCAAAUUGUCUUGCAACUAAAAGGAACUUGUGUAUUAAGAAGGUAUUGGUUGAUAGUACUUGUCCUAUGUGUGGCGUCUUUGCUGAAACAGAAUGGCACAUUCUGGUGUCUUGUGAUUUCGCCUGGUCUUGCCUGGGAUAUGCUGGUUUAGCUGCUGUGGGGAGAGAUUCUUUUACUUCUCUGCUGUCUUGGCUAGAUGCUACUGCUAGGCGUGUGAGCAGUGAGACUCUUGAUCAAUGGGUAAAUGCUCAAGGAAAGGGUAACAUUCCCUUGUUGUCUCCUCUCAAAGAUGGAGAUGGUGCUGAGCAGUGGAUAAAACCGUCUUCAGGUAUCAAACUCAAUGUCGACGGUGCCAUUUUUGCUUCUCUUCUCAAGCAUGGCUUCGGGUGUGUGGUUAGGAACACAGAUGGUGGACUGGUCUCUGCUUUUGCAGGGGUUAAAAAUGGCUCUGUGACUCCCGAAUUGGCUGAAAUCAUUAGCAUUAGGGAAGCUUUAAGUUGGCUCAAAAAUCAUGCUUUCUCACGGGCUACUCUUGAGACGGAUAGUCUUGUUUGUGUUAAGGCUAUUCGGAGUGAAGAAACUUUUUCUUCUACAUUCGGAUUGGUGGUUGAUGAUUGCAAAAAUAUCCUUAAAAAUUUGUUCAAUGUUUCGAUUUUGUUUGUUAAGCGUUCUGCGAAUCGUGCUGUGCACUUUGUUGCCCAGCACUCUGUUUCUUUAGCUGAACGUAUGUUUUCCAUUAACAGUGUUUCUUUGAAUCUUAUGUCUAUCCUUGCGAGUGAUUGCUCAAUCUAA